AUGAAGACCACGCUGCUAGCAUUUCUCCUUUUUCUUGCCCUUACCUCACAACCACUACUUGAAGCAGCUGAACCUGCAUCUGAGCCAGUGAUUGACACAUCAAGAAAGAAGCUCCAAACUGAUGCAAAUUACUAUAUCAUCCCUGCAGUGCCCUUUACCAUAUGUGGCUUUGUUAGCUGUUUCACUGGUGGAGGCCUUGCACUUGACAGCGAUAAUGAAUCUUGCCCUCUUGAUGUGGUUGUAGAGAAAGCUAAUCAAGGUCUACCAUUGAGAUUCACACCUAUUAACACUAAGAAAGGUGUUAUUAAUGUCUCUACUGAUCUCAACAUUAGGUUCUAUAAUGCUGAUGAAAGAUGUCCUCACUUUUCCACAGUGUGGAAGCUUGAUAAUUUUGUUGCAUCUAUAGGACAAACAUUUGUUACCACUGGUGGUGUUUUGGGCAACCUGGGUCAGCAUAAAAUUCUUAAUUGGUUCAAGAUUGAGACGUUUGAUGAUGCUUAUAAGCUGGUUUAUUGCCCCAGUGUGUGUCCAUCUUGCAACCAUGUGUGCAAGGAUGUCGGAAUUUUUGAGGAUGGGAAUAAGAAAAUGCAUCUGGCUCUUAGUGAUAUUCCCUUCAAAGUUAAAUUCCAGCGUGCUUGA